AUGGGUCCUUCUCUAUGCGAUCACGAAAAGCAGCCUACCUAUGCCGAGCAUCGGGAGAGCCCCGGCGACAUGGAUACUGCGGACGCGGCGGCGAAGGAAGUCGCCGGCGAGGAGAUGGAGCCGACCAGAGACGAGAACUGGCACAGAGCUUCUAAGUCCCUCGUGCGCAAACUGGACAUGACGUUGAUGCCCAUUAUUUGGGUUUUGUACUUGUUCAACUAUCUCGACCGGACGGCGAUCGCCCAGGCGAAGCUGAACACGAUUAUGAAGGAUCUUAAUCUCACAGGAGAGCAGUUCAGCACGUCAGUAUCGCUCUUGAACGUCGGCAACAUGAUUCUCACCCGCGUCCGGCCGUCAAUCUACCUCCCUCUCUGGGCCUGCGUAUGGUCCGCCGUCUCCGCCGCCACCGCCAGCGUCGACAACUUCGGCCACUUGCUGGCCGUCCGCUGCGUCCUCGGUGUCGCUGAGGCGCCCUUCUUCCCGGGCGUAUUCUACCUGCUCUCGUGCUGGUACACUAAGCGCGAGCUUGGGCUCCGCAUGGCGAUUUUAUAUUCCGGUCUCGUGGUGGCGACGGCCUUCUCCGGUCUCAUCGCCGCCGGUGUGUUUGCGCGACUGGACCAGGCGAUGGGGCUCGCUGGUUGGAGGUGGCUCUACAUCAUUAUCGGCAGCGUCAACUUCCUCCUGGCACUGCUCGCCAUGGUUCUUCUACCAGACUUCCCCGAAUCGACGACCGGCAGCCAAAAGUGGCUACUUACGCAGGAGGAACGACUCGUUGCACUCGACAGGAUUGCCAUGGAGCGCAUUCCCCAGGAAAACAACCGAUCCGUCUGGUGGGGACUGCGGCGCGCCGUCUCGGACUAUCGUACUUGGGUCUUCGUCUUCAUGCUUAUUUGUAACCACGCCGCCUACGGGUUUAACUACUUCUACCCUUCCAUCGUGCAAGGCUUCAACUUCGGCUCCUCGACCGUAACCCUCCUCUGCACCGCGCCCCCCUUCCUCGUCGGCGCGCUCCUCUCCCUUCUGAUCUCCCGUUCCAGCGACCGCCGCGGCGAACGCUCCACGCACAUCGCAUUACCAAUGCUCACCGCCGCCGUGGGCUUCGUCAUCUCGGUAGCGACUCUCAACGCCCCCGCGCGCUACGCCGCGUCCUUCCUGUACGUCGCGGGCUGCUUCGCGGCGAACGGGCUCGUCUACUCGUGGGCCGCGGGCAUGCUGGACCAGACGCCCGAGAAGCGCGCCGUGGCAACGAGCAUGAUCAACGUGCUGGCGCAGCUGGGGAACGUGGCGAGUCCGUACUUCUUCAGGGAGAGGGACGAGCCGCGGUACGUGCUGGCCAUGAUCUUGCUGGUCGUGUUUGCGGUGCUGAGUGCCCUCUCGUGCGGGUUUCUGAAGUGGGAUCUCACGAGGGCGAAUAAGAAGCUUGUGGAGAGGGCAGGCGGUGUUGGGGCGGCGAAGCUAUUUACGACUUGA